GUAUUCUUAUUCUUCAUUGUAGUAAUGGAAAAUACAGAGAACAGAGUAGCAGAAGCGGGGGCAUUAACACAAAACACGCAGGAUCCAAAAGUUGACGACAAUAGUUGUGAAAAUACGAAUUGUCAUGCCAAACUGGAUUACAUAAUUAGAAAGCUGCUCCAAAUCGAUCUAAUGAUGAAAGACAUCACUCAGAGAUUCGACGAUCACGUUUUUCCACGUACGAAGGUUCUACUACCAGAGGUUGUAUUUACCUCUCUUCCGAUAAAAUCUGUUGAAGACCUCGAAGAUUUCGAACAAAAACUGGAAAACGUAGCAUACCUACAGGCUUUCCAAACAAAAAUCGCUCGGCUUGGAGGAAAAAAUUCUUCCAAAAAAAUUAUCAAUGCCAUGGAAUCAAUAUUCUCCAAUGAAUUUGCUGCUUACUACUCAUGGCAAGGACGGAAGCAUAAAGAAAAAAUAUCCGAGCAGAAAAUCAUAAAAACUCUCGAAGAUUAUCUGUUGAAAAUGGUUCCUGAUCUCAACCGGGCUACAUUUAAUGAAGUAGGGGCGUGUUGGUUCAGAUUCGCAAAACAACGUUUGCUGAGAGCCGCUAAAUAAUUCUUUUUUACUCAUCAUAACA